AUGAGUGACGCCACAAAGCCGCUUCAGAGCCUGCUGGACGAAAUAAGUACACGUUUGGCCCGUGUGGAGGCAUGUCUUGACGUGUCAAAUGAUUUCGUAUCCUCGUCAUCUAUCGCUGCUCCCGCUGAAGAGCUGCCACCCCAGCUCGUGGCGUAUGACAAGUAUGUGGCCCAGUAUCUUCCACCAUUUGUAGAGGUAGCCACCAGACUUAGUGACGAUACGAAGAAGCUUGGUGAGGUGACGGAGAAGGCAUUUGCCUGUCAGCGCGCCUACCUUCUUAUGGCAAGUCAGUGCAAGAAGCCAGCCACAAUUAAUCCAGAGCACCUUAAAGAUUUGCAAAUUUGCAUAAAGGAGAUCAACGUUUUGCGUGACAACCGCAGUGAGUUUGCCAAUCAUCAGAAUAUGGUCAAUGAAGGAAUUCAGGCUCUGGGCUGGCUCUGUGUCGAGCCCGCACCCAAGCCAUUCAUCGAGUCGUACGUGGGUGGCUCGGACUUUUGGGGAAACAAAAUCCGCGUGCAAUACAAAAAUUCUAGCGCGGACCAAAUUACUUUCGUCACGGCAUUCAAGAACCUUUUGACUGAGCUAAUGGUCUACGUCAAGGCGCACCACACGACAGGCGUUGCGUGGAACCCCAAGGGCGGCGACGUGUCUAGCUACAAGCCGGUCGCGACCUUUGGUAAGACGGCCGGACUUCACAAAGUCACCAAAGACAUGCAAACGUGGCGCAAGGACUACGAAUGUGACGGCGGGGCAUCGAAACUUACUGCCCCCAUUGCUUUUAAAAAACCAGUCGCUCCCGUAAAAAUUUCUAAACCUGCUCUGUGUGAAGAGCGCAACGGAAACUGGCAGAUUGAAUAUCAGACAGGCCAAGAACCGCUCACAGUAAACGGUAUCAACAUGAAACAGCAGGUCUACAUCUUUGGCUGCGAGAAUGCCACCAUCCUUUUGGAGGGCAAGGCGAAAAACAUUGUGCUUGACUCAUGCAAGAAGACCAAGCUUAUUUUUGACAAUGCCGUGUCUAGCAUCGAAAUUGUCAACUGCAAGGGCGUACAGGUGCAGUGUAAGGGUGUAGUACCAUCCGUGGCCAUCGACAAAACGGACGGCUGCCUUGUGUACAUUUCGUGGGAAGGACGUGAUGUCCAGUUUGUCACGUCAAAGAGCUCUGAGAUGAAUGUGGCAUUCCCGGAGGGUGCGGGUAGCGAUGACUACGUAGAGAAACCGAUUCCGGAGCAAUUUGUGCACAAGAUUAUGGAUGAUUUGACUCUUUCGUCAGAUGUAUCAGAUCUGUAUUCGCACUAG